CAUUAGAAAACCCUCUCUCUCUCUCUCUCACUCUCUCUCUUUGAUUUUUGAUAUAUCUUGAUUCUUCUUAAUUCCAAGUGCUAAACCCUUCUCUCUUAUUUUUCUAAAACGCCGUAACGGGACAUUCCAAUUCCCAAAGGCACCGUCCCGUGCGAGUCACGUGCCAUUCAAAAACCCUAUUCUUUUAUGUCUUCCGAGCAACCUUCCAAACCCAACAUAACCACCGUCGACGGCGAAAUUGACGGUGCCGUUAACGGUUCGCCGCCGUUCGCGGCGGCUUCCGAUGAGAGGCCCACGGCGAGGCUUCCACGCUGGACAAGGCAGGAGAUCCUGGUUCUCAUACAGGGUAAAGCUGAUGCUGAAAGCCGGUUCAAACCGGGCCGUGCUGCCGGUUCGGCUUUCGGUUCGAGCGAACCGAAGUGGGCGCUGGUCUCGUCGUACUGCAAGAAGCACGGCGUGAACCGGGAACCGGUUCAGUGCCGGAAGCGGUGGAGCAACCUCGCCGGCGACUAUAAGAAGAUCAAGGAGUGGGAGUCGUCGGUGAAGGAUGAAACGGAGUCGUUUUGGCUGAUGAGGAAUGAUUUGAGGAGGGAGAGGAAGUUGCCGGGGUAUUUUGACCGGGAGGUGUAUGAUGUUCUCGACGCGCCGGCGUUGCCGGUUUCUGCUACGGUGGUUCCGGCGAUUGAGAUGGCGCCGGAGGUGGUGGCUCGUGAGGAGGAGGUUCACAUUUAUGAUAGUAAUCGGAGGGUGGCUGGUGAAGAUGGGUUGUUUUCGGAUUGUGAGAAGGAUGAGGUUUUGGCUUCUGUUAAGAGUGUGGCUGCUCCUGUUCCUAUCUCAGAGAAGCAAUAUCUACCACUCCUCCGUGGCUGCCAAGUGGAAAGCAAUGGCCAAGGUACCCCCAAUGAGAAACAACCAGCCUCAAACCCAGAAGUGGGUUCCACAUCUCAAGGGGAACGGAAGAGGAAGCGGUUAGCGACCGAUGCAGCAGAGGAGGAAACUUUGCAAACUCAAUUAAUUGAUGUCUUGGAGAAAAAUGGGAAGAUGCUACGCGAUCAGCUUGAGGCUCAGAACAUGAAUUUCCAGUUGGAUCGCCAGCACCAGAAAGACACUGCAAGUAGCAUAAUUGCUGUGCUUGAUAAGCUUGCAGAUGCUCUAGGGAGAAUUGCUGAUAAGUUGUAGUGCAAAGAAGGAUCAGAAUAGUGUACAUAACAGUUGGGCUCAACAAUAGUGGUUGGUUCCCUUCAUUUUUAUCUCAGGAUAGCUUCUAGGAAGACCCUUUAUUUAGUGCUUGUUUGGAAACCUGUUUAUAACUGAUUCUGAAGUCAGAAUUGAUUAUUGGGAGAAGCUUCUCUGAGUAGCUUCUGGGUUCCAGAAUUGAUUAUGAUGAAAGAGAAGCUGAUCCAAACAUGCUAUUAUUCUGUUUGCAUACACAGAUUUUUUUGUGGUUUAUUACUGCCAUAAUAGGAUUAUUAUUAUAUACUCAAAUUUGGAGGUUAAUGCA